AUGUUUGGCGUCAGGAGAACAUUGGCCUCCUGUGAAAGGGGGCUUCACAUGUUGUCCCGUGGCGAUGGUCCUUCGGAGACAUUGAGAAGAAGGGUAUCAGAGUUGGAGAAGUUGAGGAAACGGAAGAACCCCAGAAAGCAUGAACUUUUUGUGCAAGUUCCUGAAUCGUUGAAGUUCCUCGACACUGCUACAAUGCCGAUGAUUCUCACUGUUGUGGGUACUGCACUCGUCGCAAAGCUCCUAAUGAUGUAUGAUCAAUCGAAAUCAGAAGAAAUGAUUGAGCGCAAAAUUGAGCAUGCUCCUUCAGGUCAAGGUACCGUGAGGAUGCUUAGUCGUGAGGAAUGGGAAGAAAUUCGAGAAGUGAGGCCUAGAACUCCUUUUGAAUCUAAGCUUGCUCGACCAAGAGCCCGAAUAAGAACUGAUGAUGCCAUCAGCGUGAGAGAUCUGAAGGAUUGGACCAUAGAUGUCCUGACAGAUGGUUUCACUCGCAUUGAAGAAGCCACCAAACGCCAUUAG